CCCGAAGAGAGCGCGCACGCGUGCACGGGGAAUGCUUGAGUUUUUUUUUUUUUUUUUAGCCUUGAAACAUGUUAUUUUCCACGUACUACACUUGAGCUGCUCCAAACACUUGAGGGUGUUAUCAGCUGAAUAUAGCUUCAGAUUGCAAAUGGCAACAGCUUGGAAACCUGACUGUACAGAAAACGCCAAACACGAGUCAGUUGAAAACAUGAAAACAUUUUUCACAAACCAUGAAACGAGCGAGGUGGUCAGAAAGAUGGGUAAAGAGGAUCGAGAAGGGGUUUUGAGCUGGUGUUCUGAAGGACAGUCUAUAAAGACUGAACGCACAAUAGCAAGCGAUUCAAAACCAGCACCUUGCGCGUUGAGUAAAACCCAUUACAACAAACCUGUUUGUAAAGAUCACAAAAGAGUCAGUUCUCACAAACUGGUGAUACAGUACAUAGUACCCUGUAUGAACUCGUAUGGGUUGUGCAUCGUGGACAAUUUUCUUGGCAACAGAUUUGGAGACAAAAUUUUGCAAGAAGUCAUAACCCUUCACGGAUGUGGAAAGUUUCGGGAUGGAGAGCUUGCAAGUCAAAAGUCAGGCACAAAUAAGUCCAUUCGAGGGGAUAAAAUAAUGUGGGUGGAGGGUAACGAACCUGGCUGCGAAAACAUAGGCUUGCUCUUGUCGAGAAUGGACAGACUCAUCACGCAUGCUGACGGAAGGCUUGGCACUUACACUAUUAGAGGACGACACAAGGCAAUGGUAGCGUGUUACCCGGGUAACGGAACUGGUUAUGUGAAACAUGUAGACAACCCUAAUGCUGAUGGGCGCUGUGUUACGUGUAUUUAUUAUCUGAAUAAGAACUGGGAUGCAAAGGAAAACGGUGGUAUUCUGAAAAUAUACCCAGAAGGAAAGUCCUACGUAGCAGAUGUUGAACCAAUUUUUGACCGAUUAUUAUUUUUCUGGUCCGAUAGAAGAAAUCCACAUGAAGUCCAGCCUGCUUACGCAACUCGGUAUGCCAUUACUGUAUGGUAUUUCGAUGUAGAGGAAAGAGCUCAAGCUAAAAAGAGAUUCAGAGACUUAACAGCGUCUUCACAAGAGAGAAGUUUUGCUUCAUGAUACGAGUGGACCACAACAAAUACAUCUUCAGAAGGCGUGUACUUAAUCAUUAGAGCCAAAGAUAACGAUCCAACUUUUAAGUUGUGUCUUUCAAACCAGCGUUUGUCCUUGUUGCUUUUCCAUGUUUGAACUGCACUAAUGGUACGGACUACAAUUUUAUUUGCAGUACAAUGUUGAUAAAGUCCAAACAGGCUUCUGUUUUAAAAGGAAAUAUAAACACAUUUUGUAUUUUUGGGUGAAUUGUGCUCUACCAUGUGACUCUAAAUACUGUCUUAGAUUGGUUUUGUUUGCAUUGCAAACAUUUGUUUGAGUAAUUCUGUUUGUAUUGUACAUACCAUGCAAAACCAAAACAGUGCAUGAAUUAUUGAGAACGUCAUGUACUUUAAAUAAUUUCAGAACCACACUGUAUAAAGUUUGCCCACUUUUAAAAUACUAUAAACAUUGCAUAAAAUACAUGCAUACAUUUCAGGUGUCUCUUUGUAAAGCUUGAAUCAUGGUGUAAUUAAUAUAAUGGUCCUUAAAGCUUGAUGCCAGCUUGCAUGCUGGACAGCAAUGCUGGCAGGUUAGAAUAUAUAAAAAUAUAUAAAAACUGUGGUGAAAAUAAACCUGCUUUCUUUAAAAUGUGAUAUUGUCAGUGUUCAAGAACAUGUUUUUUGAAUUUAAAAGUAGUUUUUUGCACAAA